GCCAAGCUUGUGGCCUUCCUGGCAACGCCCCCCCAGGGCCGGGCUUCGCGGACCAGCCCCUAUUUAAUGGUUCUGCUCCACGGCUUCACCCGACUUUGGAGGUGGGAAGAAGCACAGAAGAGCGACAGGAAAGACAGACCGAAGCAGAAUGGCAACGGGAACGCGUUAUGCCGGGAAGGUGGUGGUUGUGACAGGGGGCGGGCGCGGCAUCGGAGCCGGGAUCGUGAGAGCCUUCGUGCAAAGCGGGGCCCAAGUAGUUAUCUGUGACAAAGAUGAGUCAUGGGGCCGGGCCCUGGAGCAGGAGCUUGCUGGAACUGUCUUUCUCCUCUGUGAUGUGACUCGGGAGGAAGAUGUGAGGACCCUCAUUUCUGAGACCGUCCGCCGUUUUGGCCGCUUGGAUUGUGUGGUCAACAACGCUGGCUACCACCCACCUCCGCAGUGGCCCGAGGAGACCUCUGCCCAGGGCUUCAGGCAGCUGCUGGAGCUGAACCUGCUGGGGACAUACACCUUGACCAAGCUUGCCCUCCCCCACCUGCGGAAGAGCCGGGGGAACAUUAUCAACAUCUCCAGUCUGGUGGGGGCCAUUGGCCAGGUCCAGGCGGUUCCUUAUGUGGCCACGAAGGGGGCAGUAACAGCCAUGACCAAAGCCUUGGCCCUGGAUGAGAGUCAAUAUGGCGUCCGGGUCAACUGCAUUUCUCCAGGAAACAUCUGGACCCCACUGUGGGAGGAGCUGGCAGCCUUCACGCCUGACCCUGCCGCCACAAUCCGAGAGGGCACCCUGGCCCAGCCCCUGGGCCGCAUGGGCCAGCCAGCAGACGUGGCGGCCGCUGCUGUGUUCCUGGCCUCGGAAGCCAAUUUCUGCACCGGGAUUGAGCUGUUUGUGACUGGGGGUGCAGAGCUGGGGUAUGGGCGCAAGGCCAUUCCGGGCACCCCCGUGGAGCCCCCCACCAUCCCUUCCUGAUUUCCCAAAUUUCCACGCGGGCCUUCCUGAUUAGGACUCCCACCCCAAACUCAGUAUCCCAGAUUUCAGCUUCUACCAUCUACAGAACCCAACCCUAGACAUUAACUCCACUUAUCAAUGUGCCAAACCACCCCGCGAGUUCCCAUAAAACCAGUUUGUAGCCAGGAG